UAUAUAAAAGAUCAUGCCCCCCAAAAAGAAGCGAAGUCUCUCUGAAGAGCCAAGGCCUCCAGGCCCUGGAAGAAUGCUGCUGCAGGAUAAAUUUUCAACACUUCCUACAGCUGAUGAUCUGAGAAAUGGACACGUCCUUUACCUAUAUGUUAUCUCCAACAAAAGCCGGGCAGAGACUGAGAGGAAGCUCAAGGAACAUUUUGUAGGUCAUUCCUUUACUCAUACCUUAAAUGCUGAUAUAAAAAGGAUUGUUUCAAAGACAUUGGAUAAAUUCAAAAAAUUAACUGAGCCAAAGGAGUUUGAAACCUUUCACAGUAUAUGCCAUGAACAUUUCCAACUUUUAACUGAUCCUAUGGACUAUCCAAGCACAAGUUCUGGCCAUGCAAUGUCAUCUGUAGCUAGAAACGACCCAGAUGAUAACAGUGUGCCCUGCACUGUAGAUAACUUGCUUAUUACCAGACAAAGUUCUCAUGCACAGGACACACCUGAAAACCUUCCCAGUGAACCAUCGUCAUCAUUUACAACCAGGAGUAGUACUGAACUACUAACCCCCAGAAAAGCUCGGAUGCGGAAGCAGCUCAAAUUUUUAACUUCCUCAAGUGCUGAAAUGAGGAAAAAGUUGAAGGGUGACAUCAAAGAACUAAAACAAAAAAUGAAAACACCAAAGAGAGUGAUAAACCAGGCUAUUGGCAGAAAAAUUGAGAUAAUAAAGAAGAAAGAUGCCACCAUCAGAGAUUUGAAGAGAAAACUACACUCAGAUGAAAUGUAUAUUAAAUUUGCAAAAACAAAGGCAGAGUUACACAAAACCCAAAACACCCAUUAUAAUCUUUUGAAAUAUAGAGAAAAAAAGAAGCGUGUUCCCACUGUUCCGCUUUAUAAGUACAAAAAACUACUUAGUAAACUAAAAGAAAAGGAAGAAACCAUAAAAAAUCUUGAGCAUGAAAAUCUACUGCUGCAAGAAACGGUAGAUGAGCUGCAAGCAAAUCCCACUAUCAGUAAUAAGCAAGACCUAAAGACUUAUUCAUCAUCAGCCGGCCGUAAAGUAUUUGUCUGCAUUGUAAAUAAAGUCCCCACUGCAAGUAUUCCUGUCAUCAUGGAGGAGUUAGGGACACAACCAGGACAAAAGCCAGAGCCUGCACCCAAAAGAAGUGCUGUGGAAUUAAUGGCCCGUGAACUUGGUGCAAUUGCUGAACUCCAGGCUUCUGAAAUGGUUCUGAGAGAAGAAAAUGUCACCCUGGGUUUUGACGCUACAACUCAGGAAGGAACCCAUGUAAACAGCAUUCACUUUACCACUAAGAAAGAAUGUUUUUCUGCAGCAAUUGAUGUACUGGCUGGUGGGACAGCAGACGACUAUGCCAGCCACAUUUGCCAGACAGUUGACAGCAUGGCAGAAACUUAUGUUUAUUUCAAUGAUGGGAGCGAUUACCAAGAGACAAGGCAAAGUCUCAUUGAUAACAUUACCAACUCAAUGAGUGACAGGUGUGCUGCCAAUCAUGCAGCUCUUCGUAUAGUGGGUAGUGUGUGGAACAAGUCUCUGAAUGAGUUAAACUGCCAUUUACAUCCUUUGGAUUCCAUAGCCACAUCCUGCAGGACUGCACUGAAAGAUGUUGAACAGGCUGAAGGCAUUAAAGGCGUGCUUUUUGGAAAAGACUGUAUGUCUGCAAAUUGUAUCUUGCAAUUUAACAAGCUGCGAUAUAAGGAUGGGAAGGGUGACCCACGGGCAUUUCUGUCCUUUCUGGAUGAAAAAAAUCUUCCCAGAGGUAUUCUUCCAAGGUACAGGGGCAACAGAUUGCACAUUCUCUUUCAUAUUGCUGGAGUAUUGACUGAACACCAUGACACCUUUUCUGAACACCUCGAAAAAGGUAUGUACUUGACCAAAACACCAGGCCUGUGGCAAACUUAA